AUGGUUUCCUUUGAUGUCACGUCCCUUUUUACUUCUAUCCCGCAGGACCUGGCAGUCGAGACCAUCGAACUACUCCUACGUGAGAAAUACGACGAAACGGAGAAUCGCCUCGGACACGCCCAAAUCAUCCAGCUCCUGAAGUUCUGUCUCAAGACGUACUUUACGUUCGACGGAACAAUCUACGAACAGGUGAAGGGACCGCCAAUGGGUUCGCCGAUUUCGAGACCCAUAGCCGAGGCGGUCCUACAACGGCUGGAGUCGCUGGUUUUCCGACACCACAGACCGAAAUUUUGGGCUCGGUAUGUGGAUGACACCUUCGUCGUCAUCGAACGGGAUCAGGUGCUGACGUUCAAAGAACAACUCAACGCCGUCUUCCCGGACAUUCAAUUUACGAUGGAGGAGGACGAGGAGGAGGAAAACAAUCAGCUGGCCUUCCUGGAUGUCCUCGUCUGCCGCAAAGAUUGUGGUGGCCUAAAAACCAAAGUGUUCAGAAAAGCGACAAAUAAGACGCAAAUACUGAACUUCAAUAGCAACCAUCCGCUCAGUCACAAACGCAGUUGCGUAAGGGCGCUAUACCGGCGCGUUGAGACGCAUUGCAGUGAAAUGGAAGACAAGGUUGCUGAAUUAUAA